CUAUAAAAUGUAGUUGAAUGUAUUGAAUCAAAAAAAAAAAAAUCAAGCCGCAGUGUGAGCGUGUUGAAAAUAGAACAAAAUUCCUAGUAAUGUUGAGUUCGGGCAAUUCACAGCAACAGCAUCACACACAACAUCAGCAACAACAACAACUCCAACAACAGCAGCAACAUCUUCAUCACACACAACAACAAAACUCACAAAAUCAACAAACACAAUCACACACUGUCACGCUCUACGAUGGCGAUUUAAAUUUCACAACAUUCGCCGAACUGUGCCGCCUCUGUUCGAUACGUAAUGGUCCCGCCAAAAUCAACCUUUUCGAGAAAGAAGCAGAGCAAAGGAAUCUGAUUUACAAGCUACGCACGCUAUUGCCGGCGAAUAUUUCCAAGGACGACUUUUUGCCGAAAAAUAUUUGUGAAGGUUGCGUAUUAAAGGUGGAACAUUUAUUCGAGUUUCGUCAAUCCUGUUUACAUACAGAGAAUAUUCUCAGAAACUAUGCGGACUCGAUGCGAGCAGUUACGGCUACCAUAAACUUUCAGGACGGUACCGUUAACAUGGACAAGAUGACGGUAGCGCAAAAGAAUGCAUAUCUCGAGGCGCAUAUGGCAGUACAACAGCAAAUGGCACAAGCGGCAAUACAAUUCAAACAACAGCAGCAGCAGCAACAACAAACGUCCACAAACUCUCAGCAAAAUUCACAACAACAAAAUUCUCCGUCUAAUAACAAUGGUAACAAUAAUAAUAAUACAAAUCAGCAACAACUACAACAACAGCAGCAACAUUAUGCAAGCACGAUAAAAGUACCACAAAUAAGUUCCUCUAGUUCCGGUGGCGCAGAGAGUACAUUCACAGUACCCGACGAUGUGGGCAUGGGUUAUGAGGGUGGCGUGCGUGUGCUACAGAGUUUAGGCAGUUGGUCACCGGAUAAUAUAACAUACAAUAUACCGAAACCAAAUUUGAUACCUUUUACCGAACCAUACGUGGAGGGUGGUUCAAUGCAUCCGGCCAGUCGCCUGAAGGCAUUGCAACAGGUGCAACAAGCUUCAUCAGGUGUGCGCAAAACAAAUCCAUCAAAAACGACUAGCAAAGCUUUUGAAUGUACCGUAUGCGGCAAAGGACUUGCACGAAAGGAUAAACUGACAAUACACAUGCGCAUACAUACCGGCGAGAAGCCCUAUAUUUGUGAAGUGUGCAAUAAGGCGUUUGCCAGGCGCGAUAAACUUGUGAUUCAUAUGAAUAAAUUUAAACAUGUUACACCGACUAAUAUAGCACCGUUGGGAAAGCGCUUAAAUAAUAUAAUUAAGAAAAAAGACCCCGACACUGAAGAUAAUAAACAAAGUUUGGAGUUACAAUUGCAACAACAGGCCGUACAAGUGGCGACCCAAAAUAUUAUUGUACAAACAGCGGCAGGGCAGCAUGCGGCACAAGCGACUGCUAUACCCGGUAUAAUAAUACCGCAUCACCACCAACAGCAGCUGUCGUGGACAUGUGAACUAUGUGGACGUAUGUUUAAUAAUAGAGACGAAUGGACACUGCAUGCCAAGAGCCAUCUGGAGUAUUGACAUCAGGAACGAGCAGUAACAGAAACUACAAAAUCCACAAUAGCUACUAAGUCGUCGGAUAUUAUGAACCAAAAUGCCCAGCAACAACACGAGAGCAAUCAGGUUGAUGUGAAUAGUGCACGCAAGGAGAAAAUUAUUAUACAAAAUCAAACGAUUAUUAAUAUACAAUUGCAGCAACAACAUCAACAACAACAGCAACAAC